UGUUGUAGUGUUCGAUUGACAGGGGCUCGGGAAAGAGGUAAGGGAUUCGCGGUUUUAUUCCCGGCGAGUGAAUUCGAUGAUUCGAUGGUCGGCUUGUCGUUUAAUGCGUGUGAACGAUGAUAAGCCGCUUCGAGGAAAUGAAUAUCGGAGUUAUGAAUAUGGAAGAGCGUUUUAAUUACGAGGGGAGACAAAAUGUACUCUCUUGCCUGAUAGCAAUAGAAGAAGAAGAAAACGGAGGAAACUGGAGAAAGACAAGCUCGAAGUUGGAGAAAAAGGACGGUAGGAGGAGGCUGGACAGUGAUUUCGUCCAUCUCGAUAGACGGAGAAAACGGCAGGUGUUCGUUGCGGAGCAGCUGCAAUCACGACCACCAUCUGCCGCAGUAAUGCACGCCUCUUCCAAGUCUUCCAGUCUUGGAGAAGUGAGACUCGUUGCCUGAGGCAUCCAUCCUCAAUUAGACGCCACCUGAAACACGUGCCCUUCUCGAAUCCAUGGACUUCGAUGGCUUCUUUCUUCUCCACCCUUAUCUCCUUCUUUUUCUCAUUCCUCUUCUUGCUCGACUUCGCU